AUGAGAGGAAAACAUAACGGAGUUCAAAAACACAUACUUGACAUUAAUCCUAGAGCAUUUUAUGUACCGUGUAAUUCUCAUUCGUUAAAUUUGGAUGAUAUAAACUUAACUGGAACGCAUGGUCUUCAAACAAAAGCAGAUGCAUACGCGCUUUUAAAAAAUAUAUGUGAUUUUAAAUUUUUAUGUUCCAUUAUUAUUUGGUAUGAUAUAUUGAGUAUUGUUAAUCCUGUUAGCAAACAACUACAGUCUAUCCAAUUUGAUAUACAAAUUUAUGUUAAAAGUAUAUCAGAAGUAAUUGAGUUUUUAAAAGAAUAUCGAAAGAAUGGAUUUUUUAAAGUGAAAUUAACUGCUAAAGAAAUUGCAUCAGUCAUAGGAAUAUUGGAGGGAUUCCCUCAAGAUCAUCAAGUGCGUAAACGAUUCAAGAAAACUAAUUUCAACUAUGAAAAUAAAGAUGAUAGUCCUCUUCAUAACCCAGAAAAAAAAUUUGAAGUAGACUUCUUCAAUACUCAUUGCAAAGAUUUAGGGAUACUACUAUCUUCAAAUGAUACUUCUGAUAUUGAUGUAUUUGAAUUAUUUGAAGAAAUUAAAUUAUUUUGUCAACUAGCAGAAUCAAAUAGUUCUCCAAUGACGGUAGCGUCUGCUGAAAGAAGUUUCUCUAAACUGAAACUUGUAAAAAAUCAUUUACGAUCAAUAAUGAGUAACGAACGUUUAACUGGAUUAUCAAUUUUAUCCAUUGAAGCAGAGUUGGCACAAGAACUAAAUUUGGAAUAUUUAAUACAAGAUUUUGCAACAAAAAAGGCAAGGAAAGUUAAUUUACAAUUUUAA